AUGGCACCUUCCAUCCUCAUCGUUGGCGCGACAGGCAAUACCGGCCGAAGCGUUGUUGAAACGCUCCCUGGUUUGACAAAGAAUACGGAGCUGUCUUCGCACCGCAUCAUCGCUCUGACGCGGUCUAGCAAGAGCCCAGCCGCGCAGCAGCUCGCCAAGAUCGACCGUGUAGAAGUCGUAGAGCAGAACUGGAUUGAGAUCACCUCCGACUGGCUGCGCGAGCACGAGGUCAACCGAAUCUUCAUCGCCCCCCAUAACGAACCCACCCAGUUCGCCGAAGAAGGACAGUUCCAUGUCAGCGCACUCCAGGCUGGCGUCAAAUAUGUCGUCCGCAUCUCGACUACGGCAGCCAACGUCCACCCCAAUUACCCGGCCUACUACCCGCGAACGCACUGGGCGAUCGAAGCCAUGCUAAGCCAGCCAGAGUUCAAGAGCAUGCAAUGGACCUCUUUGCAACCGAACGUGUUCUUCUCCAUUGUCUUCGGCCCUAGCGUCGAGAUGAUCAAGAACUUCCGUAAAACGGGAAAGCAGGGCACGUUGUCGAUACUGCUUGACGAAGACACGCCGACCGGGGUGAUCGACCCGCACGAGAUUGGCGUUCUUGCCGCUCAUCUUCUGGCUCAGAAGGAUACGAGCCCGCACAACAACAAGCGAUACGUCCUCAACGGGCCAGAAGACAUCACUGGGGCGCAGGUCGUUAAGAUGGUGGAGAAGCAGAUCGGCGAGCCAGUAAAGGAUGUCAAGUUCAAGGACGUGUCGUUCAUCGAUCAAUGGGCGGACAGCGUGUCCGGGUCGAAGAAUCUCAUUCGAACGGUCAAGUUUGCUCCGGUGACGUCGUGGGAGGGAAAGGCGAUGGCGGAGACGACUAGUAAGGAGGUGCUUGAGCUGUAUGCGCCGAAGAGGACGGCGGGAGAAGCGUUGGAGCAGAUCUCAUAUGGUGACGAAGCCAUGGCAAGAGGCGGCGGCAAGCCCACCAGCAGGCCAAAGGGGCAGGCUCGGAGGACCUCAGCCAAAGAUUCAACCGAGCAGGGAGAGGAGGCGGACAGCAGCAUCGCCUUGAAAGUGCAGCAGCUAUGUCUGGAUAUCUUCAAGAACGCAUUGAAGCCUGAAUCCGGUGACCAAGGUACCCUACAGGAGGUCAAAGGCCACCUUUACAACCGGGACUUUGCCACGGCCUUCGGGAAGGAGGAAUAUCUACGUGUUUACGCCUCGAGGUGGAGUCCCAGCAGAGCGCUCGCAUACAUUCAGGUGUUUCGCGACAUAGAGGAGCAUUUGGACGUCCAUCAAGACAAUGACUUACAUGUGGCAUGUCUUGGUGGAGGCGCUGGCGGUGAGCUCGUUGCUCUCGCAGGCUGGCACAGCACCCAUUUGGAUGCAGCCCAUGAGGGAUCGUUCAAGAACCUUCAUCUCCGCCUGAUAGACAUUGCGAACUGGUUUGGUGUUACGCAAUCUCUGCUCAAUAGCGUUACUUCCCCACCAGAACUCUCGAAAUACGCAUCGCAGGCGAAGAAAGACGCCAACAAACCCUUGGUCUGCCCCGAGAAUCUGGACGUGGUCUUCCAGCAGCAAGAUGUCCUGCAUGCGGACCAUCAAACGACUGCUGCUUUUGCUGAGACUGUGAAAGGGGCAAAUCUCACGACUUUCAUGUUCACGCUCAAUGAGCUCUACUCAACAUCCGUAGCUAAGACGCAGCGGCUGCUCGCUCAACUGACGGAAGCCAUGAGCGUGGGAGCCUGUCUUCUGGUCGUCGACAGUCCUGGCAGCUACUCGACCGUCUCAAUCAAUGGCACCGAGAAGAGGUAUCCUAUGCAGUGGCUCGUCGACCAUACCUUACUUGCUAGAGGAGAAAACGAUGCCUCGGGUGCAAAGUGGGAGAAAGUACUCUCGGAUGACUCUCGUUGGUUCAGACUCGCAGAGACGUUGCAUUACCCCAUUGAUCUCGAGAACAUGCGAUACCAAAUCCACUUGUACCGAAGGCUGGGCGAUGUCGGAGGCUGA